UUUAUCUAAUCAUUGUAAGAAUUAAUUGAAGGCAAAAUAAACAAAUAUUGUAAUAACACUGGGGUCUUAAAGCGAAGAUCUAAUUUCCUUUAUAUAUAUCUGGUAUAUGUUAUAGUACGCAUCCUCUGCUUCAUUCUUAUGGCGUCUCUGAAAAUACAAGAGCUCUGCAGAAUUGCUCCGCCACCAUCUUCACCGAAGUCCUCCUUCUCUCUCACCUUCUUCGUCUUGCUUUGGCUCAGACUCCAUCCCGUCGAGCGUCUCUUCUUCUUCUCUCUUCCUCACUUAAGCCAUUCUUCCUUCUUCGAUUCCAUCGUUCCAAAGCUCAAACGCUCCCUCUCUCUCACUCUGCAACACUUCCUUCCUCUCGCUGGAAACAUCGUUUGGCCCUCCGAUUCACCCAAACCCAUCGUUCAAUACACUCCUGGAUAUGCCGUCUCUCUCGCCAUGGCCGUUUCCGAUUCUGAUCUCAACCAUGUCUUGAACAAAUCCCCUCGUGACGCCUCACAAUCUCGUGCUUUUGUUCCCAACUUGGAUUCUUCUGAUUCAUUCGCUUCGGUUCUUUCACUGCAGAUCACUCUGUUUCCCAAUAGUGGAUUUUGCAUAGGCAUGAGUUCGCACCAUGCUUGUUUAGAUGGUAAGUCAGCGACUAUGUUCAUGAAGGCCUGGGCUUAUCUAUGUCGAACAGAAGCAGAGAACGAAUCUUCUGGUUUUCUUCCUCAAGAACUACAACCAUUCACAGAAAGAGAAGUUAUCAUCGAUCCAUGUGGCAUUGACAUUACAUACAUUAAUGGGUGGUCAGGUUUAGAUCCCACUCAUCAGGCUCAGAAGAGCCAGCCAUUGAGCUUGAAGAUUCUCUACGACGUGUUCCCGCUUUUAGUGGACCACUCUGCUCGAGCCAUAUUCGAGCUCAAACGCUGGGAUAUAAACAAGAUAAAAGAAAGGGUUUUGCAGAAAUGGGAAAAUUCCGAGACCAAAGAAGAAAAAGAAGACUCAACACUUUCAAAGCCUCAAAAUUUAUCAACCUUCGUCCUUACAACUUCUUAUGUUCUGGUUUGCCUUGCCAAGGCCGUUGAAACAACUGGCGAAAACAAGAGAAGGAAACUGUUAUUCUGCUUCCCAGCUGAUUGUAGGGCCAGAUUAGAGCCUCCAAUCCCCGAAACCUACUUUGGUAAUUGUGUGAUGCCUCAGAUACUUGAAAUACAGCCAGAAAACAUAAAAGAUGAGGAUGGGUUAGUCAUGCUUGCCAAGAAAAUACACAGAAAGAUAAAGAAAAUACAGAAAGAGAAAGGGGCGCUUGAUGGAGCAGAGACACUGUUUUCUGGGUAUUCUUUGCAAUCUGCAGAAGGAAUCGAAGUUCAGUACAUAGCAGUAGCCGGGUCGACCCGGUUCGGGGUUUACGAGACUGAUUUUGGGUGGGGAAGGCCUGAGAAGAUGGGGACACUUUCAGUGGACAGAGGUAUAACAAUGGCGAUGGCAGAGAGUAAAGAUGGUGAUGGUGGCGUCGAAGUGGGACUCGCACUAAAGAAGCGUGUGAUGGAUCAGUUUGCUUCCUUGUUUGCAACAAUGAUUGCAUCUCUUUGAUGUCAAAAUAUCAUGAUUUGAAAUCUGGCAAUUAGCUUAAUUUUCAAAA